AUGGAUCCGCGAAAACCUAUGUACCGAUUGCCAGACUUUACACGAAGACCGGCAUCAGAGAGACAGCCGACACCAUUUGCCCCAAUGCGGCCAAUAGUCAUACGGCCAAUAUUGCCCAAAGGAGCCGCAUAUUACUAUCGACCGCUGGGCGGAGUGAGACCACAAUCCUCUAGAUUGCCGACUCCAACACUUCGGAGGACACAAUCGCUGCCAACUGGGUUGUCCAGAAUGGGUAGUGACGAACCACUCAAUUCAAGAUUGCCUUCACCUCCUGGUUCGCCAAUACGACGAUAUAUUUCGACGCCAAUAAAGCCAGAGCCGCGAAGAUCACUGAGACCUCUAACAUUUAUGGAGCCGAGAGUCGACUAUGACAGCGAAAGUACCUCUGAUGACGAAAAUGAUAACAGAUCAUUGAUUGGUCGCCCGGUUUCUCCAAAACAAGAGUGGGGAUCAAACAACAACUGGUCGCCAACGCCUCCUCAAUCGCCACGACGAUCACCGCCAACACUACCAGCGAACAGACAAGGACCUUCCUGGCCACCAGAGCCAGGGUCGCGAAGAUCACUGAGACCUCUAACAUUUAUGGAGCCGAGAGUCGACUAUGACAGCGAAAGUACGUCUGAAGAAGAAGAAGAAGACAACAACAAUCGGAAGCCAUUGCCACCCAAUUCUUUUAAGUACAGCAGCAGUAGUGGCAGCAAUAGUGGAAGAAGUCUGUAUCCAUCGUCCAGUCCAUCGUCGCUAAGUUCAGGGCCUUCACUUUCUGGAUUAUUCCCGCCAACGCCUCCCAGAACGCCUCCCACUACGACGAGAAGUCGAUCGAGAUUUAGUCCCAAUACAUCUAUUCAACGCAUCGAACCGAUACCAGAUAUGACGUCUUUCGAUCGGAUCAAUCAGUUUGAAUCAUCGGAUCGCCGAUCAUAUCCAAUGUCAGACGCAUUGCCGCGAGACCGGGGUUACUAUGCUGGCCGUGAGUUCGAAUCGACUGAAUCGCGUAGGUCUCCGUUUUCCAGGUCCAGUGCCGACGCCAGUGGUCAGUCGUCGGGAAGUUCCAGAGCUGGUGGUUUCAGAAACACUUUCCGACGCAUAGGUUCGGCUAUUAGAACUCCGUUUAGACGAAGACGUCGUACAUAUGAUAUCAACAGCGAUAGUCAACAACAACAGCAACAACAACACGAAAGAAUGAGUUAUCUGAAUGAAGAAGAAGAAGGAUCACCAAAAGGUAAUGUUCCGUUGUGUGGAUGCGGACACACAUACAAUGAUUGUAAAUGUAGACUCAUCUGA